GAAAAAGUGGGUUCCGACCAGCUAAAUUUCUCUCUUUGUCUUUAUAAUCAUAAGCUCGUUCUUCACUUGGUUUCUCAGGGCUAGAAAGAAAAACUCCCUGAAACCCUCAAGUCUCUUAAAAAUCUUCGAAAAUAUAACAUUUUCUCAAGCCUCUUCUUCAAUCCAGAGAGAAGAAUAAUCAACAAUCAAAUCUAAAUCAGUUCGAGUUUCCAUCGAAAAGACGAAAAUGCCACUGUCGGCUACGGCGGAUACAAGCAAGACGGUGAAGCUGGAGAGGUACAACAGCUACCUCCGGAAGAUCCACAGCACAAAAGUUCUAAAGGCUUCUUCUAAAGUUCUUUUCCGAGCAACACUCCUCAUCGCUCUAGUUCUUGUCCUACUCUUCGCAGUCAACUACCAUCCACACUCCGACAGCCACCAUCUCCACCGACGCAGCUUCUUAUCCACCGGACUCUUCUCUUCCUCCUCCUCGUCUCUAGGCGAAGGAGCCGCUUGGGAGAAGCGAGUAAGACAAUCCUCAACAGCAAAACGACAACACGGCCUCUCCGUCCUCGUAACCGGAGCUGCCGGAUUCGUCGGAUCUCACUGCUCAAUCGCGCUUAGGAAACGCGGCGACGGAGUCUUAGGAUUCGACAACUUCAACGACUACUACGAUCCAUCACUCAAAAGAGCGAGACAACACCUCCUAGAGAAGAACCAAGUGUUCAUCGUCGAAGGAGAUCUCAACGACGGACCUCUCCUGCGUAAGCUCUUCGACAUCGUCCCUUUCACUCACGUCCUUCACUUAGCAGCUCAAGCCGGAGUUCGUUACGCCAUGAAGAACCCUCAGUCUUAUAUCAGCUCAAACAUCGCUGGUCUCGUUAACCUCCUCGAAGUAGCCAAAGCAGCUAACCCUCAGCCUGCGAUCGUCUGGGCUUCGUCUAGCUCCGUGUACGGUCUCAACACCGAGAAUCCCUUCUCUGAAGAACACAGAACGGAUCAGCCGGCGAGUCUUUACGCGGCGACGAAGAAAGCAGGGGAGGAGAUAGCUCACACUUACAACCACAUCUACGGUCUUUCGUUAACCGGACUCCGGUUCUUUACGGUUUACGGUCCUUGGGGAAGACCAGACAUGGCUUACUUCUUCUUCACUAAAGACAUACUCCACGGGAAGUCUAUCGACAUUUACCGAACUCAGGACAAUCAAGAAGUGGCGCGUGACUUCACCUACAUCGACGACAUCGUUAAAGGAUGUGUCGGUGCGUUGGAUACGGCGGAGAAAAGUACCGGAAGCGGCGGAAAGAAGCGAGGACCGGCUCAGCUACGUGUCUACAAUCUCGGGAACACUUCUCCGGUUCCGGUGGGGAGAUUGGUUUCGAUAUUGGAAGGGUUGUUAGGGACGAAAGCGAAGAAGCAUCUGAUCAAAAUGCCUAGAAACGGUGACGUGCCUUACACGCAUGCGAAUGUGAGCUUAGCUUAUAGAGAUUUCGGGUAUAAACCGACGACGGAUCUCGCGGCGGGGUUGAGGAAGUUCGUCAAGUGGUACGUUAGUUAUUAUGGGAUACAGCCGAGGGUGAAAAAGGAAAACUCUCACGCCGACGAAUCCGCUUAAUAAUCUCUCUGCUUCAUCAUCAUCACAUGCCUGUUUAUUUUUCUUUUUUUUUUCAAAAAAAUAUAGUUACAGGGACAGUUUUCUGUACUUUUCCCAUUUUUUCUUUAUUUUAAAAAUGCCAAAAAUCAUUAAUGUUUUUUAUGGUGGUCCUUUUUUAGGGGAUCAAAGUGGGGAAUUAUAUUGUUACAGCUGUAUGUUAUAAUAGAAGAACAAAAAGAAAAGAAAAGAGAGGGUACAAUUUGAAGUAUAUGUGGGAUUUUUAUGUAAUAAAUACGGGUUAAUGAUCUUGCUGGAAAUCGUUUAGAGAGAAGAUCUUAGCCGCUGAACUUUUAUAACCAAGAGAUGAAAUCUGUGAUCCUUUAUCAACUGUAAUAUAAGUUUUAUUCUCCUUUUA